AAAGUCGCGAUUGUGGCGACAAUAAUAAUAAUAAUCCAAAAUCGAUGAGAUGAGACAUGAUAGUUCACACAUUUAAUUUAAGAAGCUAAAUUGGAAUGGAAGAAAAAGAAAAAGGAAGCCGUGGAUGAAUCUAGAAGAAAAGCCGUUGAAACAAAAGCAGGGGAGACAUAAUGCAUUUUGUUAAGCCAGCAGUAGCAGCAACAGCAACUGCUAUUGCAGCCUUAGCUUUUUCUUCGUUCUCUCAAUCUCACUCUCACCAAUCCCUAAAUCCCCCAAACACUGCCUUAUCUUCCAACCCCAAAUCAAACAGAUCAUUUCGCCUCAUCAAAACAUUUGCUACCUCUCCCUCACCUCUCAUAAUGAACCACGACCUCUCUUCUCAGUCACAUACCGACGAUGUCUUACCCGAGUUACUGACGGAGUUUAUGGUGGAUAUGAAAUGCGAAGGUUGUGUUAAUGCGGUUAAAAAUAAGCUGCAAACGAUAAAUGGAAUCAAGAACGUGGAGGUGGACUUGAGCAAUCAGGUUGUUAGGAUUCUUGGUUCAACACCAGUAAAAACCAUGACUGAAGCUUUGGAGCAGACUUCUAGAAAAGCCCGAUUGAUCGGACAAGGAGUGCCAGAAGACUUUUUAAUAUCUGCUGCUGUAUCCGAAUUCAAAGGUCCGGAUAUUUUUGGUGUUGUUCGCCUGGCUCAAGUUAAUAUGGAACUAGCUAGAAUUGAAGCAAACUUCAGCGGACUGUCACCAGGGAAGCAUUUUUGGUCUAUUAAUGAGUUUGGUGAUCUGACAAGAGGCGCAGCAAGCACCGGCAAAGUGUUCAAUCCAUUAAACAAGGAAAACACUAAAGAGCCACUUGGUGACCUGGGAACACUAGAUGUUAACGAGAAGGGUGAUGCCUUCUUCACAGGCAUCAAAGAAAAGCUGAGGGUGGCUGAUCUUAUUGGACGAUCUAUUGUCGUAUAUGCAACUGAAGAUAAAUCACAACAUGGUAUAGCUGCUGCAGUGGUUGCUAGAAGUGCAGGAGUGGGUGAGAAUUAUAAAAAACUUUGUUCGUGUGAUGGCACCACCAUAUGGGAGGCAAGUGACAAAGACUUUGUUCCUAGCAAGUUCUGAUAAAUUAAUUUACGGAAAAUAAAACAUUGUAACUUAGUUGUCUUGAAGCUCUUCAACGCUUCAAAUUUGGAGGUUGUAUACCAUGUAUCAGAACGAAAACAAUGUAUCUGAUUGUCAUUUACAGAAAAUACUUCCAUAAAUUAUGAAGUUACUUUUGUGGACAACAUGGUAUUAAGGAUAGUUUAUUUUACUCCCUCCAUUCCCUUA